AAAUAUCAAGGAACUUUUCAAAUUGAUACUGGAUGUGUAUUGGUAGGUACAAAACGAAAGUAGAAUUUGUAUAUAAUAAAGGGAACGAAACAGUGACAUAUUGUUUCCUAAAUUCUACAAGAACCAUGGACUUUAAAGGUAUUGAAUCAUAUGACUCGCUUGCUUGUUUUAUCGACGAGGUUGUAACUCCGGAUACCAAGUAUCUUAAACAAUGCAAAAAGACUAUUGAUGAAGUAGCUGAGGUCUUGAAGUCUAGUCAGUUUAAGUAUAGUGUGAUGCGUACUAUAAAGGGAGGAUCCAUCGGGAAAGGGACUGCAGUUCGUGAUCUAUCAGAUGUAGAUCUUAUAUUUCCGAUAUACGACAUCACCACUGUAGAAACUCUUAAACAGAAAAUGAGCGGAAUCAAGGAUGCAAUUCACAGUCUUCUUAGUUCCAAAUUCAGGAUUAAAGACUCAACAACCACGACAUGGGCUUAUAACACUCAUAUUUUAAUUGACGGGGAUUGGCAAGAGGUUGACAUAAUGCCAAUUCUCAAUAUAACACAGGAUCCCAGCAACUUAACGAAUGAGGAAAUAAAAUCGAUACACACCAAAAUGAGAAAAGAAGCUGGCAGUACGGAAAGAGGAUAUUACAACAGAUGUUUGAGACCACUUCAAACAGAGUUUAUUGGAAAGCAUCCAGAAAAAAUUAAAAGAGUCAUUAGGCUGAUCAAGUACUGGAUUAAAACGAAUAAUCACACGAUAAUUAAGUCGAUUGCAGUUGAACUGCUUGUGAUUGGAGCAUGGGAAGAUCUCGGGAAACCGCACCCAGGUAUACCGGAAGAAGCCAUAGCAAAGUUGGUAUUUGACAAACUAAAAAACUUUGGAGACAUCAAAUUAUCAUGGACGGAUUAUUAUCAACCAGCAGAUUAUUCAGUGCCAUCAAAACCAUACAUACUCGACCCAGUGGACCCUUAUAAUAACGUGAUUAGUGAGAUAACAAAUCAUUAUCAUCGAGGUCCAAAUGUUCCAAAAGCUGACAUAGCAGUUAUGAAGCAAGUUGACCGACUUCAACGUGAUGCAGAACGGGCUUUUAACAGUUGCAAAUAGUUCUGUGAUUGUGCCAGUUAUACACAAACUGCUUAUUAUAACAUUAAUGUACACUAAUUUAUUAUUUACUAUCAUGUAUCCUGCAAAUUAUCUAAGAACAUACAUUAUCGGGAAUAAAAAAAGGUAUCAUAUU